AUGUCGCGACAAACGGACAACUGGUCCUCUGAGGCCUAUCAACACGCCGCCUCGUUUGUGCCAAAGCUCGCCGGCAAGGUUAUGGAAUGGCUUGACCCUCAAAAAGACGAUGUGAUCCUUGACAUUGGCUGCGGUGAUGGCGUUCUGGAUGUCCAGAUCGGCCAGAUCCUUGCACAGGGUACUGGCCGCCUGCAUGGCGUCGACAGCUCGGCUGCCAUGAUUGCGGCCUCCCAGAAAGCUGUUCAGGCCUCGGGAAUAAACAACUGCACCUUCGAGGUCCUAGACUGCAACGACCUGGUCACCAGGCCCGAGCUACAGAAGCAGCAAUUCACAAAGGCCUUCUCCAAUGCCGCCAUGCACUGGAUCCUGCGGGCCGAGGACAAGCAGGAGCAGUUCUUCCGGGGCGUCGCCGCCGCCGUCCGCCCCGGAGGCACGUUCGCCUUCGAGAUGGGCGGCCUGGGCAACGUCUCGGAGCUGGCGGUCGGCAUCAUGGGCCCCGUGGCGCGGCGGAUCGGGCUCGAGAGGGCCAGGCAGGCCAACCCCUGGUUCUUCCCGGACGAGGAGUGGACGCGGCGCAUGAUGGAGGAGCGCGUCGGCGGGUGGAAGGUGGAGCGCGUCGAGCGCGAGUGGCGGCCGACGCCCGCCGACGCCGGCGGGGUCGAGGGCUGGGUGCGCCUCAUGGGCAAGCAGUUCUUCGACGCGGUGCCCGAGGCGCAGCGGGAGGAGUGCGUCCGCGAGGCGCUGGGCCCGCUCGAGGCCGUUUGCGCGCGGCCGGACGGGGGUUACAUCUUCCACUACGUCCGCCUGCGGGUCUUGGCCCGGAGAGUAUGA